CGCUAGCAGAAAAUCGAUGGGGAGACCAUCGUGUUGAGACCACCGGUCGCAUCAAACUUCCUUGCGCGCACGCGCGUAGACGGACAAAAGCACUAAAGCCAUGGCCGCGCAGUUCAGUGAAGACCAACAAGACACGAUGAACCCCAUCAAGGCCCAGGCCGUCCCGUCCGCGCCGCCGGCCGUCAAGGGCUCGUAUCGAAGCGUCAGCCAGGGCUACGACAACGUCCCGGACAUCGAGGUAGGCGUGGGAGACGCAGUCGACGCGCACGUGCAGCGGCAGAUGCGCCUGGGAUUUAUCCGGAAGGUCUAUGGCAUCCUGACGUGCCAGCUCGCGCUGACGACGAUCGUGUGCUCCGUCCUAGCGCUGAACGGCGCCUGCCGCCGCUUCGUCAUGACGACGCCGUCGCUGAUGUACAUCGGCAUGUGUCAGCGUGCAACUCUCCCCCACGCCAUCGCCGCGACUCACGAACGCGAAACACAGGCAUGUUCGGCUCGUUCGGAGUGCUCUUCGCCCUGAUGGCGUUCAAGAACCAGCACCCGUUGAACGCGCAGUUGCUGUUCGUGUGGACAUUGAUGGAGGCGUACACGGUCGGAGUCGUAUGCGCGUCCUAUACUGCUGCUGGGCAAGGGAGAAUAGUUGUGGAAGCCUUGGUGCUCACGGCGGCGAUAUUUGCGAGUCUUACGCUCUACACCGUGUACUCGAAACGGGACUGGAGCUUUAUGGAAGCUGGCUUGUCUUCGGGUUUACUCCUCCUCAUUUUCUGGGGCCUGUUCUCGUUGUUCUUCCCGGCGCUGGCGGGCGGGCUCUACAGCCUCUUUGGCGCUUUGCUGUUCAGCGGCUUCAUCAUCUUCGACACGUGGCAGAUCACGGAGCGGCUCGGGUACGACGACCACAUCCUCGCGUCGAUAACUCUGUAUCUCGACAUCCUCAACCUGUUCCUGUUCAUCCUCCGCCUGCUGUCGCGGGACCGGAACUGAGAAACCCCCCUGAUGUAAAGACUCUAUAAUCCUAAUUAUUUACACGAUAACGACUCUGG